AUGAAUUCUUUAUCAAUCAUUUCGGCGCGUCCCUUCUUCACAUUUGUAACAAGAACCAAAAGAUUUUCAUCGAUUUCACCGAUAAAUUCGUUUCACCAUUCUUUUCAAAAUUCGAUUACCCACAACGACAAAGAGAGCAACGAAACCGACGAUAACCAGAAUGAAGAAAAAUUAUUUACUAACGAUUCCAAAAAGCAAAAUGAUCCUUUCAAUGAAAUUUUUAAUGAUUUAAAUAAACCUUCUUCAAAUAAUAAAGAUUCAUUAUCAAUUUUUAAAGAAACGUUAUCACAAUUGAAAUCAAGUGAAACCAAGCCCGUUUUUACACCGUCACAUUUCUCGGAAAUUUCCCCUAAAACUUCCAUUCUAAAUUCGUUAAAAUCACCAGCGACAGAAAUAUUAAAUUCCACGUCUGAAACCAUUAUCGAUACUUCUGAAGUGACAGCAACGCUUUCGUCUGAAUCAAACACAGAAACAACCAUCAUGGUAAAUGAUGAAACCCGAUUCGUGAGAGAGGAUCCUGUAAUUUCACUUUUAACAAAUAUGAUUAUGCGUGAUGGUAAAAAAGCUACCGCAAGACGAUUUGUUGCCGAUGCCAUGAUUGAAAUUCGCAAACAGACUCACAAUGAUCCUUAUUUAAUUACCAAAUCUGCCAUUGAAAAAGCUUCUCCAAUGGUCAGUCAUAUGAGUUCUAAGAAAGGUUCAAAAGUAACUUUGAUUCCUAGACCAUUAAAUGAACGUCAAAGACAACAUAAAGGUAUUAAAUGGAUUCUAGAUGCUUCUGACAAAAGAUCCGGUAAAGUUUUUAGUAUUAGGUUGGCUAAUGAAAUUUUAGCUGUAAUUAAUGGGAGUUCAACUGCUUUACAAAAAAAGGAACAAUUACAUAAGUUAGUGAUGGCAAACAGAGCUAAUCUUCCGGUAAAAUG